ACCUCCGUCGCAGGUGACGCGUUGCACAGACACAACUGCACGUGUGCACACAUGGCGCGGCUCGCGCUGCUGGUGUUCGGGUCGCUCGUAAGCACCAGCCGCUGCCUCGAGCACCGGCCGCUGCUUACGACUCGCCUCGCGACAGCUCACAGUCGCGCGCCGACGCCGCUGCUCGCGGCGGCGACGCUGUCGGCAUCGCAGGGAGACGCAGCGUCGUCCGGCGCGAGCGUGCCCAGCACGGUGGCGAACCUCGCCAAGAACAUCGUCGGCUCGGGCGUGCUCGCGCUCGCGGCGGGCGUCGGCGCCUUCUCCGGCGCGAGCGUGGCCGUGCUCCCCGCGCUGGUGAUGCUGUGCGCGAUGUGCGCCCUCUCGGCGUACACCUUCUCCACCAUCGCCCGCGUCUCAGCGGCCGUCGGCGCCGACACGUACCGCGACGCGUGGUCGCUCGUCUUUGGCAAGCGCUCGGCGGCGUUCCCGAACGCGGCAAUCAUCUUCAAGACGUUCGUCGGCUCGCUCGCCUACGCCAUCAUCCUCGGCGACUCGGCCGCCUCCAUGGCCUCCCUCGCCGGCGCCAAGGGGCUGCUCGCCGCGCCGAACGCAUGGAUCGGCAUCAUCUCGGCCGCCGUCCUGCUGCCGCUCUGCCUCCUGCGCGACUUGUCUUCUCUCUCCGCCGGCUCGGUGAUCGGCACGUGCGGUACGGCCUACACCGCGCUCUUCAUGGCAACCCGCUGCCUCGACCGCUCCUACGCACCCGGCGGCGCACGCGCGGAGCUCAUCGCGCCGGCGAUGCGGCCGGCGUUUGCCGCGGCGGCCGGCCCGCUCGGCGGCCUCAAUCUGAAGGCGCUGCGUCCUGGUCUCCAUGCUCGCUACCACUUUCCUCGCGCACUACAACGCGCC